GCCUGUUGAAUUGUAAAAUGGCCGUUUAAAAGGACCUGAGAAUCAGAACCUUUACCUUCUCUCCACAUAUAUAUAUAUACCCACUCACCUUCUUCGCUAAUGCCUUACUUUUUCACGGUCACCGAACGGCGAAUUUGACGAAAAUUUGACUUUCAAAGUUGAAUCUUGAAGUAACAUGCUGACGUUGUCGUUGGUCUGACUGAUAGCUGCCUGCCUACGUAUUGUAUGCUGUGUUUGUAAGUAAGCAUGGGUUCCGCUUGCUGUGUUGCUGCCAAAGAUAGAGCUGUUAUUAACGGAUCAAGCUGUGGAGAUUUGCAGACGAAUAUCCGCCACUCGCCUACAUGGAGCUUUCGGUGGGAUAAUCGGGGACGAGUGGCUGGGGAGGACACGUCAGUGAAUUGGUCUUCUGAUGGAAUUGGUGGCAAUGACGGAUUAGAAUUUAAAUCUGGAACAACUGUAGGAACAGUAUAUGCAUCUGAAGAGGGUAGUCCAUUGAAUAGUUUCAGAUCACUUGCAUGGCAGAAGUCACCAGUUUCUGAUGGAAAUAAUCGGAACUUCUCACUUCCUUUAUUGGAUCCCUUGGCUGAGAGGAAUUCCACUGAGGUUAAAGAACUAGCUGGUUCAUCAGCACUUUCAUUCCCCUCUCCUGUAAAGCUAUCUCCAUCUGCUCCCUCCGUUUCAUCUUUAUCCACAUCUCCUUUAUCAUCGCGUAGCCCGCUGCUUCCUUCUAGCUCUACUCCUUGUUUUCCUCACCAUUCCUCAAAGCACCGUCUGGGACGGCAAUUUCCUGAUAGCCGUGUACCAGGGCUGAAGUCACCUAGAUUUUCAAUUUCCGAAGAAUCAUCUUCCUUUGUGCUCCCUGGUUGGGGUAAUGAAUCAACUAGGGGCUCUCAUGGUGGAUCAUCAGAUGGUUGGUCAGUUCCUGCCUUUGCUGACCUGGCUAAUCAUCGUAGAGACAGGUGGUCAUUUGAUAGUGAAUCCUUUGGGUUCCAUCGUGAAAGGGCUGCUAGCCGAAGUUCUGGUUCAUCUUCGUUUGAUCUCCAAACCUGUGGCAUAUGUGCGAAGCUAUUGAAUGAACUUGUUGUUGCUGUUCUAGUUUGCGGCCAUGUUUUCCAUGCUGAGUGCUUGGAGAAUAUGACAUCUGAAAUAAACAAGUAUGAUCCAGCUUGUCCUGUUUGUACUUUUGGGGAGAAGCAGGCAUUGAAGAUAUACGAAAAAGCAAAAGCUAAGAUGGAUCUGAAAGCUAGAAAGAGAUUCGGGAACCGGAUUGUUGACAGUGAUAUUAGUGCCAAUCUUGCUCGGUUUGAGCGUCAGAAAAGUAGUGCUCAUGACGGAGGGUGUCCCAGGAUAAGCUCCAGUUCCAGUAUGAAGAGCUCUUUAAAGAAGCCCUUCUUACGGCAUUAUUUCUCCUUUGGUUCAAAGGGGUCAAGAUCCUACUCUGAGAGUCUUUCAACUCGUAAAAGGGGGUAUUUCUGGAGAAAAUCUAACAAGGAAUAGUUUUCUUUAUGGACAUAAAACGUAAGGAAAUUCCUUCAGACGUUUCACCCAGUAAUAUUGUAAAGAUCCCUUCUCGUUUACGUCCUCGGUUUGCAGUGGAUUUCUGAUAGAUUUUACUCCCAAACCCCAACCUCUUAACAAAUGGUUUACAUUGCGUUAAUAUCUGCAGAUGACAUGGGUAAGCUCUCUCAGCUACCUUUUUGGAUAACAGAGAGUCGUGGACAGCAGUCAUGUUCUUGAUGGUGGAAAUGCAUUCACAGGCAGUUUUAGGAUACUUUCUGAAGUAUACACUGUAAAAAAAUGGGAACAAUACAAGUUGGAUGAUUAAUUUGUUAUAUAGGAAAGGAGAAGAGUGCAAAUUUGAAAGUAGAAGUUCUUUCAGUAUAUGUUCUCUUGGGUUUCUUUCAUGUCAAGGCCAUGAAAACUUGUCCUGAAGAUUUUAUAUGCUUAAAAGUGCUCAUCUCAAUUCUCCAUACAGGAGCAGA